AACGUUUCUGCCUCCGAUUCACAAAAAAAGCACAAUGAUCCAACCGCACACGUUAGCGUGCUGCUCGAGCAACUUCGACACGAGACUCGACCUAAAAACCUAGUCACCGCGGACGCAUAUUCCUUGCUGCCACUACCAGCAUGCAAUUAUUUAAUGAGAGAACAAGCCGAACUCGAACAAAGGACGAGAAGGGAAAUCGAUCUGACGAGACAGCGUGUCUCGGGUCCAGCUCCGCCUAAAAGUUGGCAAAGAGCAUGGUGUUCGGAAGUCGGUAAUCCAAACCGUGAAGUUCCCUCACUCCUGUCAAUUUGUGUGGAUACAAUUGCCAUAAAUAUUGAAUUGUACACAUCGCAUCGAUACUUUUCUAAUCUUCCGACACACCUCAAGCAAUACAUACUUUCCUCUAUGAGCAUACACAAUCCACUCACCAAUGAAUCUCUUCCCUUAUUUGCAAACGAUCCCGGAUACGAGGAAUUAGAUAUUGCGUAUAGCAACGUCACCUUGGAAUGCUUAAAAAAGUACUUUUGGAAAGUCGUCAAGGAAAAAGAUGUGAAGAGUAGUGUCGUGGAAGACUGGGAAGAUCUAAUUGACCACGGUGAUAAUGACAAUGCUGUGGACAUUCUUUCAGUUCAACGCUUCAGAACUUCGAGAGAUCAUACCACAAAGACUGAGGCAAAGACAUUGGUCGAUGCUGAAAAAACAUUUAAAAAAUAUGUUUCGAUCUUACCUGAUCUUCGUCGAUUGAAUUGUGGAUUUACUGUUAAUAUCUCCGCCAUACCUUUGUCUACUUUAAUAGUGUCAACACUUCCUCUGUUGACACAUUUAUCCAUCGCUGGAUGUUUUGAUCAAGAGGUUGGCCCGCAUGCAUUACGGGUCCUUUCAGGUCUAUUUAACCUCUUGUUUUGGGAGAUUUCCUAUUGUAAGUGGGUGAACGAUAGAAUAUUAUUGCAAUCAGUCAACUGGGACAGGGACCUGAAAUCAUUGAAAACGCUGGUUGCCAUUGAAUGCGGCGAUUGGGAUAACCUAGAGGAAGUUAGACGACAGUUGUCCCAUCAUCGUAGAAUGUUUGACCUUUUGACCGAAAUAACAUGCAUAUAA